GGUAUGCCCACUAUCGUUAGAAACUCGGCCCUUUUAAAAUCAGCCAACUUCAAAUCUAUUCAAAAUUCCAUUUGCUCUCAAUCAAAAACAAUGUUCUACAAAAACUCUUUUUCCGAAUACGAUCAUAUCCGCCUCUUAGGUAAAACCCACUCCCCUCCAACCACCAAACGUUUACUCAAACCAUACCCAUUAAAUUGGACUGACUAACAUAACUGAACCUACCAAUCAACCCCAAAAUCCAUCCACUAGUAGAGGCACAAGCCUGGAAUAGUAAACGGCAUAGCCACCCCUCCCAAAGCAAAGCAAAGCAGUCAAAUUAUCACUCAGUACACAACGUUUCAGUAGUCAACAAGUCUAUUUACAACUAUUCGAAAUGGCUCCAGGAGGAAAAUCGGCGGGCAAAGCAAUGAAGAAGUCGUCCGGCAAGGCACAAAAGAACAUCGCCAAGUCCGACAAGAAGCGCAAGCCCAAGAGGAAAGAAUCGUACGCAAUUUACAUCUACAAAGUGUUGAAACAAGUACAUCCCGACACCGGAGUCUCGUCCAAAGCCAUGAGCAUCAUGAACAGCUUCGUCAACGACCUGUUCGAGCGCAUCGCCGCCGAAUCCAGUCGUCUGGCCCACUACAACAAACGUUCGACCAUUACCAGCCGGGAAAUCCAAACUGCCGUCCGACUCUUGUUGCCCGGUGAAUUGGCCAAGCACGCCGUCAGUGAAGGAACCAAGGCUGUGACCAAGUACACCAGCUCCAAAUAAGUCUCCCGUUUUGUGAAAUAUCAUUACUCAACUAAAACGGCCCUUUUCA